CAAGUACAGGUACUGUUUUAUUAUUACAGAGAAAAGGGAAUAAUUUAACCAUGAAAUAAACCCAAUAGGGAUAUUCCAAUUUCCAAGACCUUUAUUAAUUGUCGCACAACAUAUGUAGUCUAUGCUCUCACUUGUCCGUGUAACAAAGUUUAUGUGGGGCGGACUAUAAGAUCAGUGGGAAGUAGGGUUAAUAAGCACAUCCGUAACAGUAAAGCAGGGAGAAUGAACCAUGGGGUAUCGAGACAUUUUAAGCUGUUUCACAAUAAUAGUGAUCCCAAAGGGAUAUUCUUUAUGGAAGUGUAAAAAUAAUUGUAUAUUUAUUAUAAAUAAAUCAAUGUGUUACAUCAAAGUAGAUGUAGUAUAGAAUAGUAUGCAGGCGGGUAUAAAGAGGGGGUUGGCCCAUAGGAACCCAAUAGUCCAUGAGGAAGCGCAGAGCGCGAAACGCGUCGGACUGCCUGGAGAGAGGACCCGUAUUGACAGACUCGGCACCUACCGGUGACGUCACCGAAGGGAAAGGAACAGCGUGUGAGUCGCAUCCCUCAGCCAAUGUGCCUCUCUCUGUCUUAUCCCUAGUAAGUUCCCGGCCGGGACAAGGGGGGUUGUGUAUUUGUUCUUAUGCCCAGUUAGGGCUCUGUUUUAUUGUGUGCUUGUAGUUACUUGGAGGCUAUGAGAUAAUUGAAUACCAUAUAGUGUGCAAUUUUAUCUCUAUAUGCAUGCCUGCAUUCUUAGUAUUUGCACAGAGUAAGAGGGAAAACAAGGGUUUUAUUUGUGUAACUUCUUUAUUAAAUAUCCCUCAGUGGGGCUAAGAGCCAUAUAUUGGCUAUAGGCGGUGUAAUACUGCAUCUGAUAUCUGGAGAAGUUAAUUAAGGAUCCAAUUAAUUGUUUUAUGGUGUUUUAAGCUCCUCACUUUUUUAUUCUAAUAAUUGGGAUAUACUGUGGGAUUUUUAAUUCAGUGUAUUUCUAUUGAUUUUCCCUCUUGAUUUCCUCAUAUAUGGGUCAGAGCAAUGAAUUCUCUUUUAAACACUCUAAUUGAUUUCUCCUGAGGGAAUGAUAUGCAUUAACUGGGAAUUCAAUAAUAAAUCAUUGGGAAGUAAUACAUGGUUUCUGUUACUAUAUUUAAUGUCUUCUGCCCUAUGUGAUUUUCUCUUGUAUAUAUAAUCUAAUUGGUAUUUUUAAUUAGUGGUGUAUAUGAUUUUUUUUUUUUAUUAUUUAAAAUUGAUUCUACUUUGAUGUAACACAUUGAUUUAUUUAUAAUAAAUAUACAAUUAUUUUUACACUUCUUUGGGUGUUUUUAGCGCCAACUCCUUUGGAGAUAAUUUGUGUAUGCACUAUAGGAUUAGUAGGGAGGAGGGCAGCUACAUCUAAUUAUUAAUGUUGGUUAAUGGCAAUUUAGCACUGCAAAAAUAUAUAUAUAUUUUUUUUUUCUCUUUCUUACAGUCUUUCCUUCUAGACCUUAAUAUCUAUAUUGUUGUGUUUUGUAAUCUUUAAAGCGCAGAUAAGGUUUGCCUUGAUAUUCUUUAUGGGACUGGAGCAUAUUUCUCCCAAGUUAAGAGGUGGAGACGGAUUUACUAGAUUAAGACAAGGAGAAAACGUUUGGAUUUUUAAAUUGAAUACAUUGCAUCCGGAAGGACUCAAUGUAGAUUUGGACUUGGCGGCAUUUUAAAUUCAAUUUUAAGCUUAUUUUUGGUCAAUUAUUGGAUUCCUGGUAUUUAUUUAUUUCUAAUUUAUCUACAUUUUAAGUAGGAAUAUGCUUGAUAUGGGCUGUUUUAACGAGACAUCUCUUUAUUUCUUUAUGAUUAGCGGAUAAGUAGUAUAUAAAUAAAUAAUAAAUAAACAAACAUACAACUCUCCCAAUCUUUGGGGAGAGGGAUGAUGGGUUAUAUAUGGGUAAUAUAAAUUCUUCCAUCUGACACAAUGCCAUAACACCAUGGCCUUUUGCGCUAAAGAGAGAGGGGUUGCUAUGGCAACGCGCGUUGUUUCCAUUGUACAUAUCGCUUUACCAGCGCUAGAUUGAGUUCCCUACAGUAUUUCCCAUAAGUUUUACUCUUGCAGCCCCACUAUGUAUUAGGCGCUUCUACAUUCACUUACUGGAGGUUCCCCUAUGUCUAGUUACCCACCCUUAUGCCUAUUCUAAUAGAGGGAACAAAAAAAGCACAAUAAAAGCUCUGGGGGUGCCAAAUAAGAGCUAUGAUUGGUUAGGGGGUCAAGUGCGGGGUAUGGCACAUUAUUUAGCAUACAGGCCUAUCCAAUGGCGCUAUAGCUGUGCAUAAAUGUAUAUAACCCCUGCCCCCAGAUGUCACACUGUACGUACCUGUACCCCACCUUACGAGCUCUGGUACAAGCCACUACACAGGUCUCCUACCACCAGUUACCCCACCCCUAACUCUACGAUCCAAACAGCCCGCCUCCGCAAGCUUAACCAAUCACGCACCCAGUUCAAUCCAGAAUCAUUGAAGCAUCCAAUCCGCUAGGGCGAUACUUGAGUCGGCCCGCCUGCUCACCAGGUGUCUUCUGGGAAUUGUAGUUUAUUCUAUCGCUAUCCACAUGUGUUUAAACUACAAUUCCCUCAGGUUUAGAUUCCAAAACGAAUACCCGAUAUGCAAAGGAGAAUUAUGACAACAUGUCUUUAUCUUCAUAACAGUAUAUGUAUUAUAAUUUCAUUAAUACAUUAUAAUUAUCAUUGCUAAUGAAAGAUUUUGAUUUAACUUUUCCUCUACAUAGGAAAUAGGCGUGUGAACAUUUGUGACACUUAAUUCCAUUUUUAUCCCAACUCCACCCCCAUUCGCAGCCAUUCUAUAGAUUAUACUCCAGUUCUGGAAUUGUAAAAACUUUUUACACACGGAUGAAACAACCGUUUGCAAAACCAGGUGAAGAUCUCCUUUAUCUAAAGGAAUGUUCAUGUAGCGCCAUCUAUCGGCUAUUUUUCACAUUACAGGCUGUUAUUAAUCCACAUAGCUUUAACUAGCGCGGAGGGAUACCUGGAGAUUAUACAACCAGCCUCUUUAAUCCUUUAGGGCCCCAAUUUCACAUUACAAAGUUGCAUCAGGACUUUAUGGACCUAGGAAUGAUACGGACUGGAGCCUGGAAUUUACUUCUCAGGGAAUCCCUAAGUGUUAGACUGUAUUUGCUUCCUCCGGUGUUGGUAACAUCAGGCACUGGUUACUGAGGGAACAGGAGAGACGGGGAGUAAAUCCGUGGCUGUAGUGAAGGAUCACAGAGAACACUCGAUGAGGGACGUUACUUCAUGACAGAGAAAGGAGCCUCUGGCUUUAUCCAAGCAAGAUCUGGGAUGCUUAUCCGCACUAUACCGCUUGUCUAGUUCUAUACCCACCUGAGGAUAAACACUUGUUUGGAAUGGCCGCCUACAUCGAAUUUGUGCCCCCUCCGGAAUGCCCGGUGUUCGAGCCCAGCUGGGAGGAAUUCUCUGAUCCCCUGAGUUUCAUCGGACGCAUCCGACCGAUUGCUGAAAAGACAGGGAUAUGCAAAUCCAACCUCCCAAGGACUGGCAGCCGCCCUUUGCCUGCGAUGUCAAAAGCUUCUGCUUCACCCCUCGGGUACAGCGCCUCAACGAACUAGAGGCAAUGACCCGUGUCAAACUCGAUUUCUUGGAUCAGCUGGGAAAAUUUUGGGAGCUGCAAGGUUCCGCGCUCAGAAUUCCAGUAGUGGAUGGCAAGCUGUUGGGUGUGUAUGCACUGAGCAAGGUGGUUUCCAGUGAGGGGGGAUUUGAGGUUGUCACUAAAGAGAAGAAAUGGUCUCAGGUGGGCAAUCGGAUGGGAUACCAGCCAGGCAAAGGCACAGGCUCUCUUCUGAAGUUGCACUAUGACCGAAUCCUCUACCCCUACGAGCUGUUCCAGUCUGGCGUCAGCCUGAUGGUAAGAAAUGCACCUAGAAUAUUCUAGAGAGAAACCUUCUGUUUCAGUUUUUAGUAAAGGUACCGGUAUAGGACCUGUUAUCCAGAAUGCUCGGGACCUGGGGCUUUCCGGAUAAGGGGUCUUUCCGUAAUUUGGCUCAUU